AUGAAUACAACGGAUCAACGGCGUCCUGCUCUCCUAUUCCCGCUCAUCUUUCCACCAGGGCUAGAUAUUACAAAGCAGAAACAGGUCAAGACGCACGUGGAAACCUUUACAGACGCUAUUUGCGACGCGGUCUUCCUUAGAAAGCGGAAGAGCCCAAAGAUGAUGGUUGAGCUCUCUCUGCUUCGUGUGCAACCGGAGCACAGUGCUAUUCAGCGGAUCAUUUUAGAUAAACUUAAGAAGCAGCGAGGACUUGAGCAGCAUGUUCAGCUAGUUACGUAUCCCUUUGAAGGUGAGGAGCUUCGGCCCCUUGAGUUUUUGCAUUCGCUACCGACAUUUCUUGCAAUUCCAUGUGAUCUAGGAGCCUCCAGUGGGCUGGGGUCUUUAAAGGCGGUCAUCCCCUCGUGCCUUUUCUCUCAGCCCUUCUACGAGCUUCUAACCAUUCCGUUCUAUCAGGCAGUAGUGGACGGGGAUCCAGAAUUGCACCCCAUCAUGUCUGCUCUGAACACUAACUUUCAGACAUUCUAUCAGAAGAGUGCAUCAGUUGCCGGACAAACGGCUACUAUUGGUGCCCCCACCACACAACAGGCUGCUCUUUUAGAUGCCCUUCCUACUGCGUGCAUCAAGGGAGGUCAUAGGAAGGCGAAGCUCUUUAUGCUUCCCUUUGCAUGGAACCUCGACCGGAUCAAGGCUAUCCCCAAGAGUUUACACACAGAUGCCUUGGCAUCGCUGGUUGAUAGUGUAAUACAAAGGUAUGUCGAUUUGCUCACCUCUAUAACAGAGGGCAGAUAG